ACUCCCGGCGCUCUGCAUGGGAAUGGAACUGUCUAUAAAGGCUGCUGCUCACUCCGCAUUUCAGACUGGGCUUCCUGAACACAAGCUGUGUUUAUUCUCUAAAGGAAAAUGGUUAGUCGAAUUCAGCAUCCGGCUGGUGGGUACAAGAAAAUAUUUGAGACGUGUGGAGAAUUGAAUGAACCUAUUCCUGCUAUCGUUGUAGGUGUGAUUCCAGAAUGGCUGAGUGGCAGUCUAUUGCGUCUGGGACCCGGCCUGUUCGAGGUGGGGGCUGAACCUUUCUACCACCUUUUUGAUGGCCAGGCCCUCAUGCACAAGUUUGACCUAAAGAAUGGCCAUGUGACCUACUAUCGGAAAUUUGUCAAAACAGAUGCCUAUGUGCGAGCCAUGACAGAGAAAAGAGUGGUCAUCACUGAGUUUGGAACAGCAGCCUACCCAGACCCCUGCAAAAAUAUUUUCUCAAGGUUUUUCACCUACUUCAAAGGGAUUGAGGUGACAGAUAAUUGCUUAGUGAAUGUGUACCCUGUUGGUGAGGAUUUCUAUGCCUGCACAGAAACCAACUACAUCACCAAAGUGGACCCAGACACACUGGAGACUCUGAAAAAGGUGGACCUGUGUGAUUACCUCUCGGUCAAUGGGGUGACGGCUCAUCCACACAUUGAAAGUGAUGGAACGGUGUACAACCUUGGGAACUGUUUUGGGAAGAACAUGUCAUUGGCCUACAACAUUGUCAAAAUUCCUCCAACACAGAAAGACAAGUCAGAUCCCAUUGCAAAGUCCAAGGUUCUUGUGCAGCUACCCAGCAGUGAGAGAUUCAAGCCCUCGUAUGUUCAUAGCUUUGGAAUGACAGAAAACUACUUUGUCUUUGUUGAGACUCCAAUAAAGAUCAACCUUCUAAAAUUCUUGACCGCUUGGAGCAUCUGGGGCACAAAUUACAUGGAUUGUUUUGAGUCAAACGAAACCAUGGGUACAUGGUUCCAUCUGGCUAUGAAGGACCCAGCUAAAUACAUAGAGCAUAAAUUCAGGACCUCUGCCUUCAAUCUCUUCCAUCACAUCAACAGCUAUGAGGACGAUGGCUUCAUCGUUGUUGACCUGUGCACUUGGAAAGGUCAUGAGUUUGUCUACAACUACCUAUAUCUGGCCAACCUGCGGGAGAACUGGGAGGAAGUGAAGAAAGCUGCUAUGAGGGCACCUCAACCGGAGGUCCGGCGAUACGUUCUGCCCAUAGAUGUCCACAGAGAGAAACAGGGGAAGAAUCUGAUAUCCCUUCCGUACACCACAGCCACUGCAGUGAUGCGCAGUGAUGGAACCAUCUGGCUGGAGCCUGAGGUUCUGUUCUCUGGACCACGACAAGCAUUUGAGUUCCCUCAGAUCAACUACAGUAAGUUCUCUGGGAAGAACUACAGCUAUGCCUAUGGACUGGGCCUGAACCACUUCAUCCCUGACAGGAUUUGCAAACUGAACGUGAAGACCAAGGAGACGUGGGUGUGGCAGGAGCCAGACUCGUACCCCUCAGAACCCAUCUUUGUGCAGACCCCAGACUCUGUAGAGGAAGAUGACGGGGUGUUGUUGAGCAUCGUGGUGAACCCUGGAGCAGACCAGAGGCCAGGGUACCUCCUCAUCCUCAAUGCCAGAGAUCUGACAGAGAUCGCACGAGCUGAGGUGGAGGUUAUCAUCCCUGUCACCUUCCAUGGAAUGUACAAGCCUUAGGACUACUUUCUCAACACAUCUACAGAACAAUCAUAAUGCUAAAACCUUAGUUGGGAUUAUACUUUACAUAAGACAUCUAGUUACAGUGCAUUUGGAAAUUAUUCAGACACCUUCUCUUUUUCCACAUUUUGUUACAGCCUUAUUCUAAAAUUGAUUGAAUAGAAAAAGUUAAAUCUACACACAAUACCCCAUAAUGACCAAGUGACAUAUUUUAGACAUUAUUGCAAAUGUAUUAAUCAAAAUACAAAUACCUGAUUUACAAAAAUAUUUACACAUUUUGCUAUAAGAUUUGAAAUUGAGCUGUUUCCAUUGAUCAUCCUUGAUGUUUCUGCAUUUGAUUGGAGUCCAACUGUGGUAAAUUCAAUUGAUUGGCCAUGAUUUGGAAAGGCACACACCUGUCUACAUAAGGUUACACAGUUGACGGUGCUUGUCAGAGCACAGACUAAGCCAUGAGAUCGAAGGAAUUGUUCUGAGAGCCCCCGAGACAGGAUUGUGUUGAGGCGCAGAUCUGGGGAAGGGUACCAAAAACUGUCUGCAGCAUUGAAGGUAACCAAGAACACAGUGGCCUCCAUCAUUCUUUAAUGGAAGAAGUUUGGAACCACCAAGACUUCCUAGAGCUGGCUGCCCGGCCAAACGGAUGAACCGGGGGAGAAGGGCCUUGGUCAGGAAGGUGACCAAGAACCCGAUGGUCACUCGGACAGAGCUCUAAAGUUCCUCUGUGGCGAUGGGAGAACCUUCCAGAAGGACAAACAUCUCUGCAGCACACCACCAAUCAGGCCUUUAUGGUAGAGUGGCCAGACGGAAGCCACUCCUCAGUAAAAGACACAUGACAGCCCGCUUGGAGUUUGCCAAAAGGCACCUAAAGUACUCUGACCAUGAGAAACAAGAUUCUCUGGUCUGAUGAAACCAAGAUUGAACUCUUAGGCCUGAAUGCCAAGUGUCACAUCUGGAGGAAACCUGGCACCAUCCCUACGAUGAAGUGCGGUAGAAGCAUGAUGUGGGUAUGUUUUUCAGCAGCAGGGACUGGGAGACUAGUCAGGAUCGAGGCAAAGUACAGAGAUCCUUGAUGAAAACCUGCUCCAGAGCGCAACAGGACAACAACCCUAAGCACACAGUCAAGACAACGCAGGAGUGGCGUCGGGGCGUCUUUGAAUGUCCUUGAGUGGCCCAGCCUGAGCCCGGACUUAUCAUAUCAAACAUCUUUGGAGAGACCUGAUAAUAGCUGUGCAGCAACACUCCCCAUCCAACCUGACAGAGCUUGAGAGGAUCGGCAGAGAAGAAUGGGAGAAACUCUCAAAAUACAGGUGUGCCAAGCUUGUAACGUCAUGCCAAGAAGACUCAAGGCUGUAAUCGCUGCCAAAGGUGCUUCAACAAAGUACUGAGUAAAGGGUCUGACUACUUAGUUAAAUGUGGUAUUUCAGUUUUUUUUUUUUUUAAUUGCAACAAUUUCUACAAACCGGUUUUUGCUUUGUCAUUAUGGGGUGUUAGGUUCUAAUUCUCAGAGUAAAUAACUCAAGGACACUAGAGAAGCUUAGCCAAGUUGAAUUCUUCCCAAAGGGUCGAUACAGCUGUAAUUCAGACUCAGACAUGGCUUCCCUCGUGGUGGUAUUCAUACCCCACUUUGGGUGGAGUCUCCUCCUUAUCGCUAAAAAUUGCAUCAUUCUUGCUAAGCAGGGAACUAAGUUAUGAGCCUUAAACGGUGUCUCCCCUUAUCAGUACUGUCACAUGCGAUUGUUUUCCCUGCACUCAGCCCCUCCCAAGCUUCAUUAUGGCACCCCGCAUUUCUCUUUUGUAACUAAUGUUCCUAUACUUCUGAGUAUAACAAUGUUCCAAGUUUAACCCCGAAUCCAAAAGGGGUAUUGUGCGUAGAUUGAGGUGGGAAAAAAACAAUUAAUCCAUUUUAGAAUAAGGUUGUAACGUAACAAUGUGGAAAAAGUCAAGGGGUCUGAAUACUUUUCAAAUGCAUUGUCAUUUGAGUAUCUAUUUGUUGAGGCAUCGCUGGUGUUGCCUAUGGAAUGUACUGUGCGAUCAUGUAGCCUGUUCAUUUGCUUAGUCCACAUAGUAAUGUAAACUCAGCAAAAAAAGAAACGUUCCUUUUUCAGGACCCUGUCUUUCAAAGAGAAUUCAUAAAAAUCCAAAUAACUUCACAGAUCUAAAUUGUAAAAGGGUUUAAACACUGUUUCCCAUGCUUGUUCAAUGAACCGCAAACAAUUAGAAAACAUGCACCUUUGGAACGGUCGUUCAGACACUAACAGCUUACAGACGGUAGGCAAUUAAGGUCACAGUUAUGAAAACUUAGGACACUAAAGAGGCCUUUCUACGGACUCUGGAAAAAUACCAAAAGAAAGAUGCCCAGGGUCCCUAGUCAUCUGCGUGAAUGUGCCUUAGGCAUGCUGCAAGGAGGCAUGAGGACUGCAGAUCUGGCCAGGGCAAUAAAUUGCAAUGUCCGUACUGUGAGACGCCUAAGACAGCGCUACUGGGAGACGGGACGGACAGCUGAUCGUCCUCGCAGUGGCAGACCACGUGUAACAACACCUGCACAGGAUCGGUACAUCCGAACAUCACACCUGCAGGACAGGUACAGGAUGGCAACAACUGCCCGAGUUACACCAGGAACGCACAAUCCCUCCAUCAGUGCUCAGACUGUCCGUGAGAGGCUGGACCGAGGGCUUGUAGGCCUGUUGUAAGGCAGGUCCUCACCAGACAUCACCGGCAACAACGUCGCCUAUUGGCACAAACCCACCGUCACUGGACCAGAUAGGACUGGCAAAAAGUGCUCUUCACUGACGAGUCGCGGUUUUGUCUCACCAGGGGUGAUGGUCGAUUGGAUCGAUUUGGUGGAGGGUCCAUCAUGGUCUGGGGCGGUGUGUCACAGCAUCAUCGAACUGAGCUUGUUGCCAUUGCAGGCAAUCUCAACGAGGUGCGUUACAGGGAAGACAUCCUCCUCCCUCAUAUGGUACCCUUCCUGCAGGCUCAUCCUGACAUGACCCUCUAGCAUGACAAUGCCACCAGCCAUACUGCUUGUUCUGUGCGUGAUUUCCUGCAAGACAGGAAUGUCAGUGUUCUGCCAUGGCCAGCGAAGAGCCUGGAUCUCAAUCCCAUUGAGCACGUCUGGGACUUGUUGGAUCGGAGGGUGAGGGCUAGGGCCAUUCCCCCCAGAAAUGUCCGGGAACUUGCAGGUGCCUUGGUGGAAGAGUGGGGAAACAUCUCACAGCAAGAACUGGCAAAUCUGGUGCAGUCCAUGAAGAGAUGCACAGCAGUAUUUGAUGCAGCUGGUGGCCACACCAGAUACUGACUGUUACUUUUGAUUUUGACACCCCCUUUGUUCAUGCACAAAUUAUUCAAUUUCUGUUAGUCACAUGUCUGUGGAACUUGUUCAGUUUGUCGGUUGUUGAAUCAUGUUCAUAUAGAUAUUUACAUGUUAAGUUUGCUGAAAAUAAACACAGUUGACAGUGAGGGGACGUUUCAUUUUUUGCUGAGUUUGUCUUAACCUUGACCCUGAAACUGUGUUGGACUCUGACUUAGAGGCCUAGUGCUCAUUAGCUAUAAUGGAACCAUGUUCUCUUUGCACCUCAUAGUACGAAUUUAGACAAGACUUAUUUGAGAUUUCUAUGGUACAUGUUUCAACUUGUAUUUACUAAUGUAUUCUGCUACUUUUAUACAAAUAAACAAAAUCGCAUUGAUAGUGUUAUUACAUUACAAAUCUCAAAUAUAUAUUUUUUGUGUGAUGGUACACAUUGUUUAGGUAAUUAGUUCCUCUAUAAAGGUGUUAUGUUAAAUAGAGAUUUAGCAUUAUACUUCUGAUAAAGGCAAUUGUUUAAAAUAAAAACCAGUGAGGCAGCUUCA